AUGGAUAGGAUUAUCAGUUGGAAUGUCAGGGGGAUCAAUAAACGCCACAAACAGGAAGAGGUUAAAAAGCUGAUAUUUGCUAUGAAGGUGGGUUUAGUUGGUCUCCUUGAAACUAAAGUACAGGCUCAUAACUUGGGGUCUGUAUAUGUUAAUAUGUUUGUGGGUUGGUGUUUCUCAACAAAUAAUGCUUGGCACAAAGGAGGUCGAAUUAUGGUGAGUUGGAAUCCGGGAAUGUUUACUGUCAAUAGUCGGUUAUGUACGAGUCAAGUAAUGCAUCUUGAUGUUGUUUCUUUGGCUGGCAAAGAACAGUUUUUGGUUACAUACAUAUAUGCAAUGAAUGAUGAACUUGGAAGAGCGAUUCUUUGGGCAGAUUUAAAGGGUAUAACAGACAAGGUUACUGGUCCAUGGCUUCUUCUAGGAGGCUUUAAUGAUAUCCUAAGUUUGGAAGAGAGGAUAGGUGGAAAUAAGAGGCAACGAUGUUCUGGGGAAUUUAAGACUUGUGUGGAUUAUUGUAAGGUCGAAGAUGUCAAAUACACAGGUUCUUUUUUCAUUUGGAAUAACAAACAAAAUCUAGAUACUCGGGUUUAUUCUAAACUGGAUAGAGUACUAGCAAAUCAGCAAUGGGAAGAAACCAUUCAGAUUUUUCAGAAUGAGGCAACAAGUUCCAGAUUUUACAACAAGGUUGGAAAGGAUUUGGUUGAUCAAGGUUGGGGUGCCCCAAUGUUCCAGCUGGUUCAGAAAUUAAAAAGAGUUAAAGUUUUCUUAAAGGAGCUUAACAGCAGUGAGUUUGGGGAUAUUCAAGCACUUUAUGCACGGAGUUAUCAAGUACUACUAGAUAGCCAAGCAGAUUUAAUUCAGAAUCCACUUGAUCCAGAAUUACUCUCUAAAGAAAUAGAAGCUCAAUCAAUAUAUACAGACAUCAAAGCCAAGUAUCUAUCCUUCUUACAACAGAAAGCUAAGCUUCAUUGGAUGAAAUAUGGGGAUGAUAACACUUCCUUUUUUCACAACAGUAUUCAGCUUAGAAGGAAUGUGAACAUGAUUUACUCAAUCAAAGAUAUGGAUGGUGUUUGGAUCGAUAAACCGAAUAAAGUGACUAAUGCUUUCUUGAAAUUCUAUCACAUCCUCCUUGGAAGCAAAAUGGAAGGAAGGAAAUAUGUGUUGCCUCAGAUUUUUAAUCAAGGCCCGAAAGUCACAGCAGCUCACAACUGUAUUUUAACAACAGAGUUUUCUAAUGCAGAAGUGAAAGCAGCUAUGUUUGGGAUUCCUGGAACUAAGUCCCCGGGGACUGAUGGUUUCAGCAAAUGUCUAGAAUCUGUUAAGGAUUUUCGGUCUAUUGCUUGUUGUAAUGUUGUGUACAAAGUUGCAACUAAAUUAGUCUGCUCACGAUUGAGGAAGGUACUUCCGGAUCUUAUUGCUCAGAAUCAAAGUGGCUUUGUUCAAGGGAGGCAUUAUGGAAGGGGCAAUUCCAAACCGAAAUGCAUGAUUGAACUUGAUUUGCAGAAGGCAUAUGAUACCAUUGAGUGGGAGUUUAUAGAAGAAGUGCUGCAAAAAGAGGACUACGGUAGGGGGAUCCAUUAUCUCCUCUUCUAUGAUGUCUUAUUGUUCUGUCAUGAUGAUUUUAAAUUGAUCCAUCUUAUGCUCAAAGGAUUGAAAUUAUUUUCCCAAACAUCUGGACUUCAGCCAAGUGCAUUGAAAUCAGCUAUGUAUUGCAGCAACAUGGAUUAA